AUGGCCGAAGACCCACCUCCUGUGGAAAGGCUUUUAGGUGAUUAUGGAAGAGCAAAUGCACCUCUUGGCCGGAUGACAAUUGUUAACCAACCGAAUUUUGUGAAUGGUCUUAAGAUUAAGACUAAACAACUAAUUGACACAGCUGCUAGUGGUUCAACGAAUUUUAAAACAGCCACUAAGAUAAAGAAGAUCAUUGAUGCUAUUGCAGCAAACGAACACUUAGAGCUGUAUGACCGCAGUGUAAAUCAACCAGAAGGUUUAGUUGAUUUGAAGUUGACGAAUCAAGUUGUUAAGAUGGAAGAGCAGAUCGCAGCUGAAGUUGAGCGUAGAAUAAAACAAAUGGCUCUUGAAAAACAAACGGUGGCUCAAGUUCAGCCGGUUCAACCGAUUCAAGCAGUGAAUUGUGAAAUAUGUGGAGGACCUCACUUUGCCGUGCAUUAUCAACAAGGGAACGUUCCAAAACAAGGGGCUGCUCCUUAUCAAAGUCUUCAACAACAACAACAGCAAUAUCGGCCACCACAACAACAACCAUAUCAACAGCCGUAUCAGCAACCUCAACAACAAUUCCAGCAACAAGGGCCAAGAAAAGCAUAUUGGGAGAUCGCCAUUGAAAAAAUGGCUGCUCAAAGCUCCCAAUUUCAAGAAGAAACAAGAAGUAAUUUUCGGAAUACAGGAGCAUCAAUUAAAAAUCUUGAAAUUCAGAUGAGUCAAAUAGCACAACAAUUGGCAAGUCCUCAGCAACCUGGUGCUCUACCUAGUGCCACAGUUACGAAUCCGAAAGACCAUAAUAAUGUGAGCGCUAUAGUAACUAGAAGUGGUAAAGAGAAAGAAGUUGUAGAGGAGAUUGCUGAAGAAGGAGAGCCAUUGCUGGAAGUGGAUGUAGAAAUAAAAGAGAAUGAAGCACAAGUGGAAGACUUAGGUGUGUUGAAACCAACAACUAAAGGGAAGACUAGUGAACAAAAACCGGAAAUUAAAUUACCUUUUCCAACAAGAAAUAAGAAUAAAGGGCAGCACGAGAAAAACUUUCAAAAAUUCUUGGAAAUGUUUAAGAAACUUGAAUUGAACAUACCAUUCCUGGAGGGUAUGAAGAUUCCGGUGAAGAAGAAAGACCGAGGCUCUGUAACUAUUCCUUGUACUAUUGGGGAUAGAUCAUUUAAAAAGGCUCUUAUUGACUUAGGAGCAAGUGUUAGCUUUAUGCCGCUGUCCAUCUACAAGAGAUUGGGAAUUGGUAAAGUUCAAGAUACAAGAAUGACACUCCAAUUUGCAAAUCAUUCCGUAAAAAGACCUUACGGGAUAGUAGAAGAUGUGCUCGUAAAAAUUGACAAGUUUGUGUUUCCAGUGGAUUUUGUAAUUUUAGAGAGGCCAGAAGAUGAAGAAAUUCCGAUCAUUUUGGGGAGACCAUUCUUAGAGACCGGGAGAUGUUUGAUAGACAUAGAAGAAGGCACGAUGACCUUGAAGGAUGAUGUUGCUACUAGUCAACAUAUUGAGGUGAUUGAUCAAAUUGUUAACAACGAGAAUGUUUUGAAGUCACAACAACUACCUUUAGAAAGAGUGUUGAGUUUAUCAAUUUUCAACGAAACUGAAGAGGUUGACGAAAAAGAGAUAGAAGUGUUGAAUAUGAUGGAAGCAAAACCUUUCUUUAAAAGUUCUCGACAAAAUCGGUGGGAGGAUUUAAGGCAACCAUUAGUAGAGGAAAAGAAAGAUGAACCAAAGAAGGGGGCUGAAUUGAAACAACUACCGGAAAACCUCAAAUAUGUCUUCCUAGACACGGAAAGCAAAUGUUCGGCUAUCAUAAGUUCACACCUUGAAGUUAUCCAAGAGAACAAACUUGUUGAAGUUCUGAAAAAGCACAAAGGGGCCAUGGGAUGGUCGAUUGACGAUUUGAAAGGUAUUAGUCCUACG